AAUUGCCCAAGCAAUGCUUUUACUCUUCCCUGUUUUCUCCCCAUGUAUGAAGCAAAGUAUAUCUUCUCCCUAAACUUGAAGCCAAUUGCUCCUCUUUAAAUCUGCACCCACUGCCUGUUGAAAACAAAACAGGACACACAUAAUCUCUGUAUCCUGUAGCCAAUUAGCCAUGCCUGAGUCUACAUUUACCAGUAGUGAUAAAAACAACAAGGCCAACACACUUGGGCAAGAAAUCGUGGAGGCCGUCUUGGCCAUGACGAACCGAAUCAGCAACACUCAUCAUCAUCACCAUCUGAAACAUGGUCAGAAGGUGGGAGAUCCAAGCCAGGCCGGGGAGGAGGACGGCCCCCCCACAAAUAGCGUCAUCACGCUAGCGGGAACCAACACGGGGGCGAGCAUGAGGGGCGAAAUGGGCAAGAAAUUGUCUGGGGUCGAGGGCGAAAACGAGGAGGAGGAGGAGGAAGAGCAGCUGAAAACUUAUGUGAACAGCAACUUCCAAGCCAUAAAUAACUCCAUCAUGUUAGGGGGGAGCUAUAGCUCCAAUGAUCCAGGAGUGCACUUGGAGGUUGUGAACUACAUGGAGGAGGAGGAGGAGGAGGAGGAGCCUCAGCCUGAAAAGGCUAAGAAGAAGAUGAAGAACAAGGGGAAGAAGAUUGUGGAGGAGAGCUCUCACUCAAAGGAACAGAGGGAAUCAGACUAAUUAGUAAUUUAGAAAGUAUAUAUACACAUAUACAUACAAACACACAUACAUAUUUUCAGAACUUGUAUGUUCAUCAUUCUUCCACUUUGGAAAUGUUAUGUUUUAUUAUGCAUUUAUUGAGUGUUUUCUUCUGGAAAUCUGUUUAUCACAUUGUUGAAAUGAAUGAAAAUAACAUUG